AUGACUCGCUGCGCCCACACUGGUUGGGCUCCCGAGGAUCCGUGCGCUGCGUUCGAGACUUCGUCCGCGUCGCAGUCGCGGUCUGAAAGCGACAACAGCGCCGUCAUGGAGGACGACGGUGAUGAAGCCAAGCUCGCGGUGACGCUGCUCCCGGACAACCGCAGCGCCGAAGUGGUCCUGGAGGGUUCGUUCCGAGGCUUCGUAAUUCAAGCCAGGAAAAGUAAUGAACGCGGUUCGCUGGUGCUGGGAGAGUUCAAACCCGGGUCGGACGACAGCACCCGGACCCACACCUGCAGUGGCCACGAGAACGCUGUCAUUUCCGGCGCAGACGGUUCGGCGAAGGCCACGGCGACUUGGGAGGCGCCGUCGGAUUGGACGGGUGCCGUUGUUUUCCGGGCGCUGGUUAUGAGAAACCGCGAGGCGACUCCGCACUACGUUGUCUCCGAUCCCGUCGUUCUGGGAAAGAAAGCACCGCGAAUGCCGCAGUCGGCCGAGCGUCUUCGGGAGGUGGAGAGCCAGCAAGCCGACGAGCAGCCCAGAACGAUCGACUCCCCGAUAAUCUCGGUCGACAAAAGCAACGACGAGGUCAAGGCGGUCGAAGCGCUGGCGAAGGAGGACGAGAACCACGAAGGGAACGAGGAGCCACAGGGUGGCAUGGAUGAAAUGCAGAAGGCGUGCGGUGCGACCAAAGGAUGUUUCGGCUUUCCCGAAGGAUGCAUCGCGAAGGGAAGCUGCCAAAUGUUGGUCUCAUACGUAGCUGAGGAAGAGGGCUACCACUUCGAGCUGACCGGCCCUGCCGACGCCGAGCGGAUGUGGAUAGCCGCGGGGAUCUCCGAGAGCGCUAAAAUGGAACUGACAAGCGUGGUGGAAUGCAUCCGUUCGGGAGAGAAAAUUUUGAUUCGCGAGUCUUGGAACCAAGAAGGAACGGUGAAUACGCUCUUGGAGACGCCAACUGCAGGCAUAACUUUCGGCAGUCAUGCCAUGACCGACGGCGUGCUUAAGUGCAGCUGGAAGAGGAAGGCUAAUACCACCGUCCAAGGGAAGACCUUCGACCUGGCCAAGAGCAAGUACUUUGUCCUCCUCGCAAAGGGAGACAUUACAGACACGGACGCUAAAACUUACCACAAGCAUCGCAUAGCGUCGAAGGAAACGUUGUCGUUUGGAGAAAAACGUCUGGCCAAGAGUGGUUCCGACAGGAACCCACUAAUCUUAGUGCACGGAAACAUGAUGAUUCUGGCUUGGCUCUACCUCGUGAGUCUCGCUAUUAUGAUCGCGCGCCACUUCAAGUCAUCCUGGGAGGGCUCAAUGAUCCUGGGCGACAAAGUCUGGUUCAUACUUCACCGAUGCUUGAUGGGGACUGCUGUAAUCAGUGUGCUGAUAAGCGUCAGCGUCAUAUUCUACACAUCAGGAGGAUGGAACUAUAGCGGGAACCUCCACCCGAUUCUGGGAAUAACAGCGGUGGUCCUGGGCUGUUUUCAGCCAAUCAUGGCAAGCUUUCGCUGCCACCCCGAAGAACAAAACCGGUACAUCUUUAACUGGAUGCACUGGGGAAACGGCAACACGGCGCACAUAUUCGCAGUGACUACCAUCGUCUUCGCCACGGGCUUGAAGAAAGCGAACCUGGGCGGUUCGAAGUGGUUCCUCCCCGUCCUGGCGCUGCAUGUCACGUUCUACGUCGUCGUCCAAUUGGCGCUGCAGAUCCACAAGUCGAUGACGCUGUCGUCGGCCACGUCAUCCCUAUGAGCGGCAUGUCGCUACGGCAUCUGUUCUUCCUUGUCGUGCUGAGCCGUGGGGCUGUGUGCCACCCCGACGGAGC